AUGGCCGACGCGUGGGCUGAGAACACGCUUGCGAAUCUACCAGUUGACGACGGCCCCGACGGCCGCAGAGUCGUCGACAUGAUCCACUCGUUGCUCAAUCGCAGGACCUCACCCCAGGAAACGGCCGAGUCUCUGGCUUCACUCUACGACCCGCACAUCAAGAGUGGCAAGACGAACACAGCGGCCCUAUGGAGCAUCUACUGCACAGCCAUUUCACAUAUCGAGCACGACGAGUCCAGCUUCAACCUUCUCAUCGAGACGCUGCUGAGCCUUGCCCGGCUUCCGGACGUCGUAGACAAUAACGGCCAGCCCGUCAAGGAAAACGGCAAUGUAUUUUGGCGCGAGCUCCCCGAAUUCCCUUUCUGGCUCAGCCAAGGCCCUGCGAGCCCCGUCUCGCCAAGGGACAUGCGCAACAACCCUCAAAGACUCACGCGAUCCAUGAGAGCAGCCAAGUUCGGGGCGCUGUACCUGCGCGAGCUCGACAGCCAGCCGAUCGAGCAUACGCCCCGCGGCCCGCGCGAUGGCAUGCGGGACGUUGGCCUGAACACCAUCGUCGACGCCCUCCGCUGGGAGGUUGAGGGCGAAAGCGAUGUGGAGCAGGCGCGGCUGGCGGUGCCGCAGGCGGUGACGUGGAUCGUGACGGCCGGACGCAGUAUGUUUCAAGCCGCCAAGGAGGGGUUUUCUAUUGGGCCGGAUUGCACUCUUGACACGGGCAUGUGGAAUUUGUGGAAGGGGCGGUUUGCUGCGCUGGCUGGGUUUGAGGGCGCUGAUGGUGAGCUGAGGCGGGUUGCGGGUGAGGCGGCGGAUGAGAUGGCGAAGAUUGAACGGGAGGGUUAG